AUGGCGGGUGGCUCGCAGGAUAAAGACAAUGCUGCGGGACCUCCAGCGCCACGGAUGAAGAGUAGGGCGACGGUGGAUUCUUUGAAGAUCGGCUGUAUUGCCAUGGUGGUGAAAGAUGGCAGACCUCGGAAAGCAGAAAUAUUGAGUAUCAAGGAAACCAAAAGUGGUCGACAAUUCUACUGCAAUUUCGAUAACUUCAACAAGCGUCUUGAUGAGUGGGUUCCCGUGGCUCGCGUCGACUUCACACAAGAUGUGGAGUGGCCAAAUCCCGAGAAGCCCAAGGAAACGAAGAAAGCUGCUGCUCCUGUCGCGAGGAAGACAGUUUCCCAAAAGAGAGGCCAGAAGCGACCUACUAGGACGCGGGAGGCCUCUGUAGCUUCAGAAACCAGUAGCAAUCACCGGCCGUGGGGAGAGCUUCCAGAUUCGCAGAAAGCGACACCUGAUCCGGAGGGAGAAGAGAAGCUUACUCUCGAACUCGAUCUGGACAACACGCCAGGUGCUGAAGACAAUGAUGCCAUGGACGUCGACGAAGCCGUACGAGAAGCCGUAUCAGCGAAAGCAGACCCAGCAGAGCAUUACAGCCGAGAGGAGGAGAUUGAGAAACUUCGAGUUGGAGGCUCCAUGACUCAGAACCAAGCCGAGAUCUCGCGUAUUCGGAACAUCUCGAAAGUCCAAUUCGGUAAAUACGACCUCUUCCCUUGGUACUUCUCGCCGUAUCCGGAAGCCUUUACUCAAGAAGAUGUCAUGUACAUUUGCGAGUUCUGCCUAUGCUACUUUGCCGAUGCCAAGUCAUUUACUCGCCAUCGACACAAGUGUACCCUGCAACACCCUCCUGGAAACGAGAUAUACCGGGACGACUACGUAUCUUUCUUCGAGAUCGACGGCCGUCGUCAACGCAAAUGGUGCCGAAACCUAUGUCUGCUGUCCAAGAUGUUCCUCGAUCACAAGACCCUUUACUAUGAUGUCGACCCCUUCCUGUUCUACGCCAUGGCGGCCAGAGACGAGAAAGGUUACCACCUGGUUGGGUACUUCUCUAAGGAAAAGGAGAGCGUUGACGGAUAUAACGUCGCUUGUAUUCUAACCCUCCCCCAGUUCCAAAGAAAGGGUUACGGUCGCCUUCUCAUUCAGUUCUCCUACGAACUCUCUAGCAUUGAGAACAAGCUUGGCUCUCCCGAAAAACCCCUGUCCGAUCUUGGUCUCCUCUCAUACCGACAAUAUUGGACCGAGAACCUGGUCGAAGUGUUACUCGCUCAUAAUGCGAAAGACGAGAAGGUUAGCAUCGACAGUCUAGCCAACACGCUGGCUAUGACGGCUCAGGAUGUCGAGAGUACGUUGCAAGCUCUGCAGAUGCAGGUGUAUCACAAGGGCGAGCACAAGAUCAUUCUUCCGACGCAUCUCAUCAAACGUCACGAGGCCAUGAAGGAGAAGCAGAAGACGAAGCCGAAGAGAGUCAUCAAUCCUGAUUUGAUACAGUGGAAGCCACCGGUAUUUGCUGCAAGCUCACGGUCCUGGGCUUGGUAG